CUGCCAGACAAAAUGGCAAACAAUCUUUAUACAUCCUGGAAGGCCCUUAUACCCACAUUGGUAGAUCCCCAUCUCAAGUACUCAGCAAGAACCCAUGGGCACCCUCUUGCAGAAAUAUGUCCAGUCAUAUCUGCCUGUGCAAGCUCCAGUUGCAUA